GUGGGGGGAAGGCCAAGAGUCCAAAACCCAGAGAGUGAGAGGGUUUUGACUGAAACCCCACAACUCACUUCCCUGUUUCGCUCUCUUCACUCUCCCAUAAAUCAAUUUCAGUGUUUUUUACGAUUAUUGAAGGGGAUUUGGGUUUGAUGGCGCAUUGAUUGUGUUGCAGAAUCAGCAGAAGCUGUAGGUAAUGGGGGAAAAGGGAGGAAAAGGGUUUUCGCUGAACAGCAACUUGGGGAAAUCUUCAACAAAAUCUCCUCUGGAAGCUUCCCUGACAGGAAAGGAUGAUAGCGCAGCAAAGUCAAAGAGGGGAAGGAAAGUUCAGUUCAAUAACGGAGGAUUACCUGAAGCUAGACUUACUAGUUCACUGAUGUCUGGUGGGAAGACUGACAUCCCAAUUGCUAAAGGUGAUUUGAGCAAGGGGGGGAAAGGAGGCAGGGUUCUAAAUGGUGAAAAAAGUGCUGUACCAAAACCUCCUGCCCCAUUGGAGCUCAGGAUUGAGCAAGAACUUCCGAAGAAUGCUAAAUGUAUGAUGGAUUGUGAAGCUGCACUUAUCUUAAAAGGAAUUCAGGAGCAGAUGGUAGUACUGUCUGAAGAUCCAACAAUUAAAAUCCCUCUGUCAUUUAACAAGGGACUCCAGUAUGCCCAAUCCAGUAACUGUUAUGCAAGCCCCCAGUCAGUUAGACGGGUUCUUGAGCCUCUCUCUAAAUAUGGUGUUUCAGAUGGAGAGAUAUGUGUGAUUGCAAACACUUGUCCAGAAACUAUUGAUGAAGUUUUUGCCCUUGUCCCGUCCUUGAAGCCCAAGUGGAGCACGCUCAGGGAACCCCUCAAAGAUGUAUUGCGGGGACUAGCUGAGCUUAAACACUCGAACCAAAGCUCCAACCCAGAGAGAUCCCCUGGUUUUUCAUAGGUUAUGGGCCCUGGAAGAUGUGAUGUGGGGACUAGUCUUCUAAUGAGAACUUGUGCAUUCUCUGCUCUUGGUAGACAUCCUCUUUUUACAGGCUAGAGAUGUUCUUUUGUAUCUAUGCAAACCUUACUUUUUUUCUUAGAAAAUGUGGGCUUCCAAACUGAGAAUUGUGUAAUUACUGCAGUUCUGCAAUCUAUGAUUUCUCUCUCUCUGGAAA